AUGCCCUCGACUUCUUAUGGCAAUGGUACAAACACGAGCACCAGCGUUCCUCUUUCGCUACCUUCCACUGGCGUAAACCCACCAAACACUUCGCUGAACGCGUAUCCCUCUGACAUACAAAACACAACCGAUUCUACCAGUCUAGCGAGCAGCACAUCCAGCGUAGAAACAUCCGCGGGCGUGUGGAGCAGCUCCGGCGUAGCCUCUGGCACCGCCCCCCCUUCCUCGAGCAAACACUCGAACCAUACAGGUGCGAUCGUCGGCGGGGUCAUUGGAGGCCUUGCAUUUCUCCUGUUCGCCACCGUGGCUACCAGCCUCCUCUGCCGGCGCAUGCGCGCCCGCCGCACCGCCCCCUCCGCGGAGUUCAUGGAUCUUGCGCGUGGGACGACACCCGGACCUGGGCCUGUGCGCAUGGAGGGCACAACGACGCCCUCUGGCGACCACCUCCUCCCGCUCGCGCGCCAAGGCUCGCUCGGCGACGAGGACGAUCGACCGCCCGCGUUUACACCGGGCGUAUAUGGGGACCCGGUGCUGGAGAAGGUGCAUGCGGCGGCGGCGUUGCGCGAGCAGUACCAGCGGCGCGAUUCGUACGCGGCGGCACAGGCGGAUUACAAGGAGCCACUCGGAGAUUCAGAGGUGGGGCACGAGGACGAGAGUACGGAGGUGGGCACGGAAGAGGGCUAUGGACUCGGCUGGGACGAGAAGGCGGGAUAUGCGUGGGCGAUGUGAGGUCUGGUAUUGCUUCGUGGGGGGGCUCAUCCACCGUCGUGACCAGCUGUGCUUCCUUAUUACGC